ACGAAUCAAAUUAUUACAGAGGCGGUUCCGUGUUCGACUUUUAAAAAAUUUAAUAACUUGUGUUUAUCUGUUUAUACAAAGUACAAGGAUAUUUUGUGGUGGAAGAUGUCUGGCGAUAUACAAGCAAGGAAACGAAAAGAGAAGAAACGUAAAAAGGAUGAGGAAGAUAAUGUUAUACCUCCACCAACUACAGGAAAUGUUAAUGAAAAUUUAACAGACAACAUAACCAUACAUGUUUAUAAAGAAAAUAGUACAGGUGGACACUGGUGUGCACGAAUUAUAUUUUUUGUUGUCUUAGCAUUGCUUGUUGGUUUAAUUGGUGUAGUUAUCUUUGAACACAGAGGUACCACAGAUAUUAAUACACCAUUAAAGUCAUCUCGUUGGGCCUUCAUUUUUGAUGGAUGGGUAGAUGAUUCAUUUCUACUGUCCGAUGAAGAAUCACAUGGUAAUGAACCUGAAGAACAUGAAACACAUGAUGAAACUGAAGAGAUAGAAAGAGAUGGAAAUAAGCUUGAUGAAACAACAGAAUUGGAAAUUAUAGAAACCAAAGUUUCUACUGAAGAAGAAACUGAGGAAGAAAAUGAAAUAUCAAAUGAAUAUACAGGACAACAAGAGAAAACAAUAAUUGAAAAUGAAUUAAAUGAAGAGGAAAGUGAACUUUUCCAAAGUGAAGAAGAUUUCAAUUCAGAAAUAAACUAUGAAAAAAAGCAUGAAGAUAGAAAGCAAAAGGAAGAUAUAUUAAUGGAUGAGGACAUUAGUCUACAAGACUUUAAUGAUAUUGAUGUAUUAGAAGAAAUAUAUGGCACUAGUAAAGAAAAAAACUCAGAUGAAAAAAAUGUAUUGGAUGAAACAGACAAUCAGUUUGAUGAAAUAUUACAAAUACCAUCAAAUGAAGAGAUAUUUGAAAAAUUUGUAAACAUUCCUGGUGUUAAUGAAAUUAAUGACAAUGUAGAACCUUUAGAAGAGGUAGAAAGCAUAGAACCUGAAGAAUAUGUUAAUGAUAUCGAUGUAAAGCCAGAAAUAGAAGAGGUAGAAGAAGAAUCUGCCAGUGUGGCAAUGAAGUUUGGAGUUGGUGUGGCACUUGUUGUUGCUGCACAUUUUGUCCUCGUGAAACGAUGGAAUAACGAAGUUAUCUUUGUUCAAAAUCAGUCUAAAUUAAUUACAUCCGAAAAACAAAAAACGGAAGAAAAAAUAACUUCAAAAAAAGAAGAGAUUUUUAAAACAGCAAAAUACAAAGCAGGACAGGGUAAAUGUGAAAAAAUAGAAAGGAAAGAGAACAAGAAAGAAGAAAAUGAAGAAGUAGAGGAGGAUGAAGAAGAAGAACAAGAAGAAGAUGAGGAGGAAGAAGUAGAGAUAAAAAAAGAAAUAAAUAAAAACGUAGAAUGGAAUAGAAACAUAAGGAAAUACAAAGAAAGUAAAACUAAAGAAACUGAAAUGAAACAAGAAGAUGAAAUAGUAAUUGCACAGGAAACAAUGUCAGAAGAAGAAGAAGAAGAAGAAGAAGAAAAAGAAGAAGAAGAAGAAGAAGAAGAAGAAGAAGAAGAAGAAGAAGAAGAAGAAGAAGAAGAAGAAGAAGAAGAAGAAGAAGAAGAAGAAGAAGAAGAAGAAGAAGAAGAAGAAGAAGAAGAAGAAGAAGAAGAAGAAGAAGAAGAAGAAGAAGAAGAAGAAGAAGAAGAAGAAGAUGAAGGAGAAGAAGAAGAAGAAAAUUUCGAUGACUCUGAAUUAAUUGCAAAACUUGAGGCCAAAUAUGGAAAACUACAAACUACAUAAAAUGGUAAUGAAGAAGAUAGUGAACACAAAAAGAAAAUCACAGUCGACAAUUGAAUGACAUACAAAUAUAAUUAAUCAUUUUUUAAAUUGCAUAUAGAGGAUGUUCAACGUAACAAUCGCCACGAUUUUUGAGACACUUCCGGUAGUCUAACAAAAAAAUGUUAUAAACAAAAAUUAAUCAGGGCCCGAUCGGCAAUAAAUUUCAAAAAUACUUUUAAUACUAAUGGUAUUACCUACUACAUAUUGAACACCAAAUAAAUACUUACUUAAUAAUCUUGUCCAAUC